UUAUUAGUUGCCUUUCCGUACUUUCCCUUUCCUCAACUCGUCCAUUGAAGUGGGUCGCAGAAGAAGAACAAGAAUGAGGAGGCGACCUGGAAUUGGCGGCUUGCAGACAGCCGCUGCUGCUAGGGACCAAUAUCGGUUGUUAGGCGAGAAUGUCGCCAAGAUCAGAACCGAUCUCAUGAAGGAACAGCUUACCACUUUUCGAACCCAGUUGGAAGAUUUCGCUCGAAAACACAAGAAUGAUAUUCGUAAGAACCCUGCUUUCAGAUCACAAUUUCAUAACAUGUGCACUAAGGUUGGAGUAGAUCCCUUGGCCUCCAAUAAGGGUUUCUGGGCAGAGCUCUUGGGGAUUGGUGACUUCUAUUAUGAACUUGGGGUGCAAAUUGUUGACAUUUGCUUGGCAACAAGACCCCACAAUGGAGGUUUGAUUAACCUGCAAGAACUCUGCAAUCUGCUUCGUCAGAGGCGAAGGAGUGACCGUGAAGCUGUGUCUGAGGAUGAUUGCCUGCGUGCUAUAAGUAAACUGAAGGUAUUGGGCAAUGGUUUUGAGGUGAUUUCUGUUGGAAAGCGAAAGCUUGUUCGUUCUGUUCCAACUGAGUUGAACAAAGACCAUAAUGAAAUUUUAGAGCUAGCCCAGGCUCAAGGAUUUGUGACUGUUGAUGAGGUAGAGAGACGGCUAUCUUGGACCACUGGUCGUGCAAUUGAUGCCUUCGACACUUUACUAGAUGAGGGUCUUGCAAUGAUUGAUGAUGGCCACAAAGAUGGUAUUCGCCGAUAUUGGUUCCCUUGUGUAUCUUCCAUCUCGACUCCAGGAGGAGCUGACAACUAACAAACAUGAGGCUUCUCAAUAAUAAUGGAGUUCAAAAAGGGUUCUGUGUGCAUACUGAAUGAUGGCUGAUUUAUCGGUGAUUUCCUUUUGUAAUUCUGUCAAACAGACUGCUGAUGGACAAUGUAUUUCAUCUUAUAAAGGAGUCAUUUGCAGGGAAUAACUCAUGGUACUUUCUGUGAAACAAAUAGUUUUAUUGAUGAAGUAUAUUGGAGGAAAACAUGAUGCUCUGCAAUGAAGCUGAACACAACUUUUUUGUUUUA